AUGGAUGGGGCCCCAGCUUGGCAUGUAAAAGAGGUCAUCCUCUCUGAUGCCCCCACUGAGCCCCAGAUCCUGUUUUAUCGGGAUGUGCUUGAGUGCUCUGAUCACAUACAAAAUAAUCCUAGCUUUUCAAAUGCAUGGGAUUAUGAGCCACAGCGCAUCACAUAUUCUGACACAGACAUCCGUGUCUUCCAUGAGCCUUGUACAGGAAAUUUAUGGUGGAGGUAUCAGGAAGAAUCCCCUGAUGGGACAAUGAUCCAGGGUGUCAUUCUUGCAAGCAAUGAGACUCACCUUACAAACUUCUCUGGAUCAAAAGUUUUUCAUGCUGUCUAUAUGACACUUGGAAAUAUCCAUGGUGACAUCUGA